GAUGACGUGGCAACCUCUUAGAGGCAGAACGGCCAGCAUAAAUCCAAAUACUUAAGGGAUAAUUAACAGCUUUCCAUUCAUUAACCGAUCAUUACCUCUCCCUCUUCUUCUCCUAUUCAUCCAUUCUCAAAAACAGAUGAGCUCAAAAUCGCAUUCGAAAAAUACGUCCGGACGAAGAUAUUAUAUUCAGAAGAACUGCCAAUUUCAGGAAGAUCUUUUCUGUUUUUAUCAUCUGUAACAAUUUUUUUCAAUUUUGAUUGAGUUUUUGCUUUCGUCUCUGCUAAAACGGAUUGCCGUGGAACCCUCCUCCACGGCGGAGAGAGGAGGGAGAGACGACGUCGUACUCAUUCCGGCGGUAGCCAUGAAAUUGUAAUGAUUCGAAAUUAGCAGUUUGUUUGAGGAAAUCUGGUGGAAGGGAAGGGAAGGUUAUAAUGACGAGACAAAUCGUUCUAUCGCCGUCGUUCCUGGAAAAGCAGCAGACGUUGCUGGCUGUAGAUCCAGAAGCAUCAUCCACCGUGCGUGGAGGCGGCCAUAAAAGGAGGCCGAGUUUCGGGGAGGUGGCCGGUGAGACGGCGGCGGAUUGCGCGGCGGUUUCCUGCUGUUGCCCCUGCAUUCUGGUGAAUCUCGUGGUGCUGGCGGUGUACAAGGUCCCCACCGGGCUCUGCCGCAAGGCGCUAAGGAUUAGGCGGCGCCGCUCUAGGCUGCUGAGUACGGAUCGGUGGCCGCAGAGGCAGUUCAGCUUCAACGACGGAUCCGAACUACAAAUCUAUCACCUCUCCGCAUCGACGCCGGCGGCGGCGGCGAGUUCUCUGGAAUCUGACAAAGCUGUGAUUGAGCUGGAGAAGGAAAUGUGGGAAAAGUUCUACGGGGCUGGUUUCUGGAGGAGUUUCUCCCAACGGAGUGACAUAACUGACCUUUCGCGCUGACCGUUUCAAAAAAAUUACCGCUGUAAAAAUGGAAAAAAGAAUUUCAAUCUCACAUUUUACUGGCAAUUUUUUCAUCUGAUCUCUGUUUUGUGUUUGGGUGUUGUAAAUAUGAAGUUUGACGCAAAUGUCAAAAGGAGAACUGGUUUUACUGUACCGUUAAAAAUGAAUGGUAAAAACCAUACUAUACUAUAUUCAGUUUUGGAAUUGGCAAUAUCUAAUUUGUUUUAUGUGUAAUUUUGGAUGAGAUGUUCCAAUCGUCAAGUAGAAUAGUCAAUAAAAUUUGUAUGUAUACCUGAUGUACAUGCGCCAACUGCAUAAAUAAGCCAAUUUCAACUUAGGUAGUACUAGUUUUGUCUGUGUUAGCAAUUUUUUUUUUUUAAAUUUGAUCAAUCAUUUAAAAUAGUAUAUUUAUAAGAAACUUGUAAAUAUAAUAUACUCCGUCUGUC